ACCACCCGUGAGCUCUAGGCUCUGAGGAACCUUUCUCUCCUACCCAAUUGAUACCAACAAUGACUUCCAGACUAAUUACCCAGUCUCCGCGGGCAGCGCAGUCAUGCAUCCGCCGCGCGCAAAAUCUUGCGCCAACUGUAUCGCGGCUCCCACAGCGUCGCUACAUCUCUGCCUAUGGCUACGAACAAGCAAAAGCCCUCACCUUCUCCGAAUAUGGAGAGCCACCUGCCGUGCUUUCUCUUCACAGCCAUUCCAUCUCGCCGCCUCAUAGCAAUCUCAUGACCCUACGGUUUCUCGCGUCGCCCAUAAACCCCGCCGAUAUCAACCAGAUCCAAGGUGUCUACCCGUCGAAGCCCAGGUUCACAACCGACCUAAGUACCCCAAAGCCAAUUGCCGUUGCUGGAAAUGAGGGCGUAGCUGAAAUCAUUGCGCUGGGCGAAGGUGUGAAGAAAGAGGGAUUCAAAAAGGGCGACUGGGUGUUCAUGAAAGGGCCUGGCUUCGGAACAUGGCGCACACAUGCAAGCGCCACUACCAACGACGUAGUAAAGCUCGACGAGCAGAUGCGCGAAGGAAUCACAGCAAUCCAGGCCGGCACUGUAUCUAUCAACCCAUGCACGGCCUACCGGAUGCUCCGCGACUUCACCACCCUCUCGGAAGGCGACUGGUUCAUACAAAAUGGGGCAAACUCUGGCGUUGGCCGCGCAGCCAUCCAGCUAGGCAAGAAGUGGGGCUACAAGAGCAUCAACGUGAUUCGUAGUCGCGAAGACAAGAGCAAAGAGGAUGCCAUGAAGAAGGAGCUGCAAGAUCUUGGCGCAGACGUUGUCAUUACAGAUGCAGAAUUGCAAUCGCAAAGCAUCAAGGACCAGGCUAAAGAAUGGACAAACGGGGGCCGCGCACCGAUUCGUCUGGCGCUCAACUGUGUGAACGGUAAGGCGGCAACAGCAAUGGCGAAGCUCCUGUCUUCAUCCGCGCACUUUGUUACCUAUGGCGCCAUGUCCAAGCAGCCAUUGACUAUCCCUGCGUCGAUGCUCAUCUUCAAAGACAUUCACUUCCACGGAUUCUGGGUGAGCAGGUGGGCAGAGCAGCAUCCAGAGGAGAAGCAAAAGACUGUUGCCGAUGUGUUGGACAUGACGCGAAAGGGCGAGUUCAAAGACAUGCCUGUUGACGAGAUCAAGUGGGAGUGGGAGACCAAGAGAGAGGAACUCAUUGCCAAGGUCAAAGAUACACUGGAAGGGUACAGGAGUGGCAAAGGAAUUUUUGUCUUUGGCAAGACAUAGACUUCGUAGUCUUUGUAUGUAGAAAUUAAGUCUGCUAUAUCCUA